AUGCGUCCCUCGAACACACUCUACCUCCUGGUAGCCCACAGUCUAUACAUAUCUCCGGCGACUGCGGCUCUCGACCGCUCUCGUUCCCAGUUUAAAUACUUCUUUCCGACUGUGGAGCAAUACGCCAAAGAGCGCUUCCAUGAGGCGUGCCCCGAGCAGUAUGCGAAUUACUUCAAUGAGAGCCUCCCUGAUCCAGGCUGGGGGCACAAAUACUCGGGCGAGUUGAUGGAAUGUAUCCUAGAGGAAUGGGGAGAGCUCAACAAGGCAAACAUGGCAGUGACAGCUAUCCUGCUGGCACUUCUCCCGGCGGGACUUGGUCAGUUCGGACCCAGCAUGGCCGAGAUUAGCAUUCUGAGCACCCGAAGACCGAUUCUCGCGAUGUUUCUGGGCUUUGGACUGAUGUCACCGAACCCAGUCGAGUUCGAUUUCGAAGGCAUUCUGCAGAAAGCAGGCAAGGGUUCUGCGCCGCUCGUGCCGAUAAGGGCUCUAGACGGGAGAUAUUUCAUUACCAAAGUUCUCGUCUCUCUUGUCGAGUAUGUCAUCGCCAUGGGGUCAACGGCGAACUGCUUCUACCAACUCUACCGGUUUACAUACCACGCCAUAUCCCUGGCUCCGUUGGCUGUCUAUCUCCCCGGCUUACCGGAAACGGCCACGCUAUUUGGAUGGGCAUUUUUGAACUUGCCGCUAUACCUACUCAGUUUUGUCGUCUUCGCCCUGGCCUUCCACCGCGCUACGCCUCAAUCGGGAUACAAAAGGAGAAACCGUUGGGUCGAGUUUAUUAUUGCUGAACUGACUCCAUGUGGCCAAGGCCCUCACCUCAGGCUUCAACAACGAGGGACCCGAGAAACUCUGCAGCGCCUGCUUGGAGCUCUCACUCGACUCGUUGCCGGGCUUCAUAUCAUCCUGGGCACUGUUCUCAUUGGCAGCAUCGUUCUCAUACCCUUGGGCGACUUUCUUCCAGUAAUGUACAGUUUUGUAUUCGCGGCUAUACUUACUCGGGUUGUGUUGAGCUACGAAAUGAGUUGUCUGGCGAAGAGGACAGAAAUCGAACCGGCGCAGGGUCUAGGCUCAGACCAAGUCGUGCAUGAGACACAUUCUCUGGGACCGAAACAGUAUGAGGGUUUGAGCCAGGAGGAUUGA